CGGAUGCAUCUGUGGUCUGAAAGAACAAGGCUGUGGGAAGAUAAUUCUGAUUACAACACGAUGAGCGAUUCUCAACCAAGUUUAAAUAGCUAUGUGGGUAAACGAGAAAACUAUCUUAGUUGGGAAGAGUAUUUUAUGGCUGUAGCGCAUAUUGCUGCAUUACGAAGUAAAGAUCCAGUUACGCAGGUAGGUGCUGUAAUCGUGAAUCAGGAUAAACGAAUUGUCGGUGUUGGGUACAAUGGAAUGCCUAACGGUUGCUCGGAUAAUCUUUUGCCAUGGAAGAAAGGUUCAGAUUUUUUAGAAAAUAAAAGUGCAUAUGUGUGCCAUGCAGAAAUGAACGCUAUAUUAAACAAGAUAUUUUAUUCAACAAAAGGCUCAACAAUAUACACUGUUUUGUUCCCUUGCAAUGAAUGCGCAAAAUUAAUUAUUCAAGCUGGAAUUAGUGAAGUAGUAUAUCAAAACGAGCGACCUCAGAAAGUGCAAACGAUUGCUUCAAAAAAAAUGUUCGAUAUGGCAGGGGUUGGUUGUAUUCAUAUUCAGCAGCUUAGGACGAUAUAUAUUUUUUAUACAUCACUCAUUUUAUUUCUUAUAAUGUAA